UUUAGGUUUUUGAAAAGCUAUCAAGAGAACAAUAUCACCUUUUGGGGCAUAACCAUGCAAAAUGAACCAACGGAUGGAUGUCUUGCAGAUUUUGCUUUCCAAUCAAUGUGCUUUCCACCAGAGAAGCAAAGGGAUUUCUUGAAACUGAAUCUUGGACCAACACUCCAGAAGUCUGGAUAUGGUACAGACAAACUUAGGUUAAUGAUCUUGGAUGAUAAUAGAUUUCUCUUACCAAGAUGGGCUGAAGUGAUUUUAAAGGAUGACAAGGCUGCUCAGUAUGUAUCAGGAAUAGCAUUUCAUUGGUACCUUGAAAAACUGUCACCUCACAAGAUGUUAGAUAUUACCCAUGCGAAAUUCCCCAAUAUGUUCUACUUGGCUUCUGAAGCUUGCACAGGGUAUAGUUUUCUUGAAUUUCCGAAAGUAUCCCUUGGAGACUGGAAAAGAGCUGAACGAUAUGCCUAUGAUAUUAUUCAAGAUCUUUUGAAUUGGUCCAUUGGGUGGAUUGAUUGGAAUUUAGUUUUGGAUAUGCAAGGAGGUCCAAACUGGGUGAAAAAUUUUGUAGAUUCUCCUAUUAUUAUAAAUUCUUCCACCAAAGAAUUCUAUAAACAGCCUAUGUAUUACAUUAUUGCACAUUUUAGCAAAUGUUUGCCAAGAGGUUCAUAUCGUAUUGGUUUAGAUGUACCCAGAGAUGCAUAUAAAAUACAGAAAAAUUUCGAAAUAGCAGCUUUCCAAACACCACAAGAUAAAACUGUUAUUAUUACUGUUAACAGGAAAGAUGACCCCAUACAGUUGGUUGUACAAGAUAUCAAGAAAGGAUAUCUUAAUAUGACAGUGAAUGCACAUUCAAUUCAAACUUACAUUUGGUAAAGCUACAAAACAAAUUAAUUUAGUUUUCAAUUUUAACUCUUGAUUUUCCUUCUGUUUUUCUAAUAGUCCCAAAAAUAACUUCUAAUAAUUAUAAAAAGUAAAAAAAUACUUCAGUAUAACUCUACCUAAAUCCAAGUUUUUCUAUUUUGACAAUAAUAUAGUUCUCAUAAGUAUUAUUGUAAUUUUGUAGUAUAUGUAAUGAAAAAUAUGCAAUAAAAAUUUAUCCAGAACUUUAA